AUGGGCCAUCCAUUGUCGCUUCACCUUGCAUGGAUGCCGUGGGCACUUGGAUACACGAUCGCGACUGCAUCUUGGAAGCUGAACGGGCGGAGACAGUCCGAGGGUGCAUCUGCCUACAUUGCGAACAUGCUUUCCAAAAAUGGUGACGACUUGGUUGUGUAUUUUGAGAUGGACACAACGUUGACUUCAUUCAACUGGGCACGAAUUGCAGACAACUUGCGGUUGCGAAGGUAUACGUGCAACAUCGGCAAAGGACACUCACCAGCGGUGCCAUACAGCAGGCCGAACAAAGUCGUUCUGUUCCAGUCUAUUCGAUUGACCAUUAAUGGAAAGGCAGCUGUGGUGAUGAUAAUUGGGGUGAAUUUCGACACCCAUGAUGAGCACAAAGCAGAGCAGGUUGACCAACUGUUCCGGGAGAUUCGCCGGCAACAAGCCGUCGCGUCUCGAGACGGCCUUGUGUUCCAAGCCAUUCUAUUGGGUGAUAUAAACGAUCGAAUCGUUCUCAAAGCAGAUGCUCGCCUUGACGUGGAAAUCUCCCACAUGCGUCACUGGGUGCACUCGCAAAAGGUCGCAGCUCUGACCAACAGGAGCCAAGCUAUUCUUCGUCAUCUUCUGGUAACAAAUCAUGGAAGGCGAGAGUUGCUGUCGUGGGAUGUGAAGUACUUUGACGGCCAGGCAGUCGGCGGUGUGACUCUCGAUCAUCCGUCACGAAAGUUUUGCGACAGCUUUUUCUUGCAGACAGACUGGUGGAGAGAGCAUCAGCUUGAGCCUUCACCCGUGACGUAUAAGUACACACCCUGGGACCAGCUAGUGUCGUCCGACAUCGUAGAUGACAUUGAGCGUGCCAGCAGCGAUGGCAAGCUGAACGCUAGCCACAGCGGGUGGGCUGUGAGCUUCACAGAACUUGAAACGGCACUGAGGGCUAAGGGUCGAACAGUAAAGAGCCUUGAUCCGACCAGCAUGCCUUCGUUUUUCAUGAUGACUGAUCACAUUCCCAAGACAAGGUUGCAAGUAGAAGAUGCCCAGACCUAUCUGAACUUGAACCUCCGAAAGGAUCCUGUUUACUUGGCUUUUGGGUGGCUGGACUCUGUCGGUUUUCUCCGACCGAAAUCUGUGGGAGACCUCGGUUUCGACAUGCCCGUAUUCCUGGACUUCACGACGGAUUUUGGAGUUCGAGGAGAUGACCAUGCACUAACUCACGCGCGGUUGCAGCUGACAGCUGCGGGUGCUGAUGCGAAAAGCCUUCCCAUUUGGCCCUUGCUGAGUGGGGCAUCUGCAGUUAGCCUGCUGGUUUGUCGCAGGCGCUGCAGGCGAUAA